CCCAGUUCCUUGUGCGCAGCCAAGACGCCGCUCGCCUCCACAAGCAUGCGCGCUCACAUGCGGCGGGCAGCACGGCGCCAUGAAGCGGAGCGACACGAGCAGCAGCAGCAGCAGAGGAGGAGAAUCACUCCACCCGCUCCAGAACCAGAACCAUGCCCACAGCGUGACCAAAGCAUAAGAUCAGGUUCGUCUUCGAUGCUAACGCUACGGCUUUCCCUGCGCAGCAGCCAUGACGAAUUACCGCGGAGCUGGAGGAAGACCUGCCCCUCGCUUCCCUAUUGGCCAGUUUGGCGUCAAGUCGCACUUGAGCCCGCCCUCCGAGAUGCAAAAGCAGCUCUGCUGGACCUAGCCGCAGGAGCGAGAGGUUAAUCGCUGAGCGGGAAGAGAUCGUCUCAGGUUCCGUGCGAGUGGGAGGUGUCGAUGAGCAGGAGCCGAUGCCAUGGAUGCACUGAAUUUCAGCUAUUGGAACGCCUCAGAAGGCAACGACACUGAUGCGUCAGAGGAGCGUGAGGGCUCCUACAAGACUGUGGAGGUGGUCUUCAUUGUGCUGGUGGCCGGUUCCCUCAGCCUGGUCACGGUGAUUGGCAACAUCCUGGUCAUGCUCUCCAUAAAGGUCAACAGGAACCUGCAGACUGUCAACAACUACUUCCUCUUCAGCUUGGCGUGCGCCGACCUCAUUAUUGGACUCUGCUCUAUGAACUUGUACACAGUCUACAUCGUCAUCGGGUACUGGCCUCUGGGUCCGGUGGUUUGCGACUUGUGGCUGGCGCUGGACUACGUGGUCAGCAAUGCGUCCGUUAUGAAUUUGCUCAUCAUAAGCUUUGACAGGUACUUCUGCGUCACUAAGCCACUCAGCUACCCUGUAAAAAGGACCACCAAGAUGGCGGGCAUGAUGAUCGCUGCUGCCUGGGUCCUGUCCUUUAUCCUGUGGGCGCCAGCUAUCCUCUUUUGGCAGUUCAUCGUGGGCGGGCGGACAGUGCCAGAGAAGGAAUGCUACAUUCAGUUCUUCUCAAACGCAGCCGUCACUUUUGGCACCGCCAUCGCCGCCUUUUACUUGCCCGUAAUCAUCAUGAUUCAGCUCUACUGGCAGAUCUCCAGGGCGAGCAAGAGCCGCGUCAAGAAGGAUAAUCGCAAGCCAUCGGGAGGAACCGCUGAGCCUUUGUCGCCCGCCAAGCGCAGGAACAAACCCAACAACAACAAUAUACCGGCCGAGAACACGGCAGCCUCCCAGAGCCAGAACAUGGAGGAUGGUGGCAACCAGCACGACGGCAGGAUGCAGAACGGCAAAGCGCCUUCCUCCACCGCUGAGGCGGAAACCGAGGGUGACGACACCACAAGAGAGAUCUGCGCGGCCGGCGAGGAAAAGGAGAGCUCCAAUGACUCCACUUCGGGCAGCGCGGUCGCAUCCAAUUUGAAGGAUGAGGAUGCGCCGCCUUCGGCCGCCAAUUCUGCCCCUGACCCUGGCCGUCCGCUACCCCGCCAGCGUGCCAAGGUGGGUGUCUCCAAGUUGACCUGCAUCAAGAUCAAGGCCAAAUCCCCAGAGGGCGACUGCUACACGCCAUCCAAUGCCACGGUGGAGAUUGUGCCGGCCUCAGAGCGGCAGAACCACGUGGCCCGCAAGAUUGUGAAGAUGACCAAGCAGCCGCCCGCCAAAAAGAAGAAGGUGGCCCCGUCGCGGGAAAAGAAGGUGACGCGCACCAUCAUGGCUAUCCUAGUAGCCUUUGUGGCCACGUGGACACCUUACAACGUGAUGGUGCUGAUCAACACUUUUUGCUCCAGUUGCAUCCCCAACACGGUGUGGACGCUAGGCUACUGGCUGUGCUACAUCAACAGCACCAUCAACCCAGCCUGUUACGCCCUGUGCAACGCCACCUUCAAAAAGACAUUCAAGCACCUGCUGCUCUGUCAGUACAAGAACAUUCGUUCUGCUAGGUAGACAUUUCAGAGAGUUGCGUAGUGCAGAUAUUUUGUGUUAAUGACCGUCCAUUCUACCAUUUCCCUCAAAAGGGUAUUUCUCCAUGACGUCACGAGUACUUACAGAAGGCAAAAGCCCACGUGACCUCAGAUGUCACCAGUAUUUAACAAAACCUUCUACAUCAUUUGACCAAGGCAGAGCAGUUCAGAAAAA